UGUUUAUUAAAAAAAAUUAUAAACAAGCUUAAACGUGAUUAAAUCCUAGUAUCCCCCAAACCAUAUCAUUAAAAUGUCUACUGAAUCUGCUUUGUCCUACGCCGCUUUGAUCUUGGCUGACUCCGAAAUCGAAAUCUCUUCUGAAAAGUUGAACACCUUGGUCGUCGCUGCCGGUGUUGAGAUUGAAUCCAUCUGGGCCGACCUUUUCGCCAAGGCCUUGGACGGUAAGAACUUGAAGGACUACUUCUUCAACAUCCAGGCCGGUUCUGCCUCUGGUGCUGCCGCCUCUGGUGCCGUUGCCGCCUCUGGUUCCGCCGAAGCUGCCGCUGAAGAAGUCGCUGAAGAAGCUAAGGAAGAAUCCGAUGACGACAUGGGGUUCGGUUUGUUCGAUUAAAUUAGUUAAUAUUCCUGUAUUAUAUUGAUGGUUGCCAAAAGGCUUCCUCUCUCUUGGUUUAUAUUAUAUUGAAAGAAUGAAAAAUUCAAAAAGCGUUC